ACUACAACAGUACAUGACCUCCGAGAGCUAUCACUUCUUCACCGGAAACCUCAAAAUUUUGUCGAUUUUUUUUCUCUGCAGAAAACCGGAAAUUCAAGAAUUUCAGAUAGCGAAACCUACAAAGAAGAGAGAGAAUUAAUGGGUCGCAAGAGAGACAGAGCGUAUCAGUCUCGCCACGUUCCUUACUCUUUCCCUAAGCGCCGCCGUCCUCUCCCGCCGCCGCUCGAUGCGGACAACGCCGUGGCCGAAACCGACAAUCUGUCGCCGGAAAAUUCUACGGCGUCUGCUAAACUACCCGCGACGGUGGUCGUUAUGGGGCUUACGGCGGAGUGUUCGGUGUUAGACGUGAAAUCUCGGUUCGAAAUCUACGGCGCAAUCUCUCGCACCCGCAUGGACCCCGGCGGGCUCGCCCACGUCACUUUCCGGUCAAGAGAAUCGGCGGCGUCCGCCGUGGCCGCCGCCGCUGACGCCGCUUUCCCAAUUACCCUACAUUCCGAACCUGUGCAAGUGAUGUGGGCAAGUGAUCCAGUGCCACAAUGGAAGGAAGGGGUGGCUAAGAGAGAAGGAACGAUGGCAGUUUCUUCCAAGUUAGUUAGAGCCGAGGUGCCUCUGAGUAGGCACGGGAGAGGUAACAAGCUGGGAUCUGCAAUUGUGGACUCCAAAAUCGAGCAUAAUGUUGAUGCAAAUAGUAGUGAAAAGAAACGAGGUGGGAUUGCUUCAAGGUUGGGGGUUCCCUUUAAGGGCAGGGAGAUUGUUGCUUAUGAUGAUAUUCUUUGAUUUAGCUGGUAGGGGUUUGCCACUGUUGUAAAACUAUGUUGCUGUUCUCGAGAUUAUAGUUAGGUUGUUUGAGUAUAGUUUGCCUCUACCUGUGAUUUCCUACAUUAAAUUAUGGGUUUAUGUAUGAUGUUUCGGGUAAGUUUUUACGUUUUACAAGGAUUGAAGCUAUAAUUGUAUUAUGAUCAUAACUUGUUGAAAUUGCACUUUCCCGAUCUGUGACUUAGCUGAGAUUAACGCAUUGCCUAUA